UCAGUUGUCAAACAGAAUUUUGUGAAUGAUUGCGGCGAGUGUCUCGUCGAACGUAAACGGCGCUUCUAAGUUAGCUGCAUUAUUUGCGUUUUCAUAAAAUUUGUAACAUAAGAGUUAGCUUAACAUUAAACUAUUCCAUGUAUUUAGAACAAUAUAAAAUCAAAUAAUACAUUAUAACCAGUAAUUUUAAGUUAUAUUUUAUUUAUAAAAAUCGUCGGAAUCUUGUCACAAUGGUGAAAGAUGGACAAAAUAAAUAUCGGUCGUAGUCGAUCUAGCGAGACUUUGUGACGCAGACGCUAUGUGUAAUGUGAUCUAGUGCUACAGAAUUAAAGGAUUUCUAAGCCCCGGUGAAUAUUGCAGUCAUGGCCAGUGAGGAAUCCAGCGUAAGAGUUGCUGUGAGGAUUCGUCCACAAACACCAGCCGAGAUUGUGGAGGGAUGCGGUAUAUGCGCGAGAGCAGGUGGUCCAGCGGGCGAGGGUGGGGUGGCAUUGGGCACCGAAAGAGCCUUCACCUUCGAUUACGCCUUCGAACCUUCAGCUUCGCAACAGGAGCUGUACGAAACCUGCGUCAAGAAACUGGUGGAAGCCGCUCUUGAUGGAUACAACGCUACCGUGCUGGCAUAUGGACAGACCGGCUCCGGUAAGACAUACACGAUGGGCAGCGGCUGGGAAGGCGAGGGAGACGGUGAUGAGGACAGGCGCGGCAUCAUCCCUCGGGCGAUCCGGGAUCUGUUCGCGGGCGCGGACGCUCGCGCUGAUGAAGCACGCACCCAGGGUCAGCUGCCCCCCGAGUUCUCCGUCCAGGCUCAGUUCAUUGAACUGUACAAUGAGGAUAUCGUUGAUUUAUUGGAUCCGGCCAAAGAUCCAUUUUCUAAGGGAGCGUUGAGAAUAACAGAGGACGGGUGCGGCGGGGUGCGUGUUGUGGGCGCUUCGAUGCGGGCGGUCCGAGGCGCCAGAGAAGCCCUGGGCGCUCUAAGGGCCGGCGCCCUUGCUCGGACAACGGCGGCCACCAACAUGAACUCCUCAUCGUCGCGGUCGCACGCAGUCUUCACGUUGCUUCUACGUCAACGGAGGCUCGCCGCGGACUUGCCUGACGGCAUAGAAAGGGACGCGGAGUCAGAUUCCCCAGAACAAUACGAAACUUUGACUGCCAAGUUCCAUUUCGUCGAUUUAGCUGGAUCUGAACGCUUGAAGAGGACUGGUGCGACGGGAGAGCGCGCUCGCGAGGGUAUAUCGAUAAACUGUGGACUACUGGCGCUGGGCAACGUCAUAUCCGCCCUCGGAGACAAGUCGAGGAAGGCGCUGCACGUGCCCUACAGAGAUUCUAAGCUGACGAGACUGUUGCAGGAUUCUUUGGGCGGUAACAGCAACACAGUGAUGAUAGCGUGCGUGUCGCCGAGCGACCGCGACUUCAUGGAGACCUUGAACACGCUGAAAUACGCAAACCGAGCUCGGAACAUCAAGAACCGUUGCGUCGUCAACCAGGACCUCACCUCCAGGACCAUACACCAGCUGCGCCAGGAGGUCGCGCGGCUGCAACUCGAACUAGCGGAAUACAAACAGGGAAAACGCGUAAUAUCAGAAAACGGCGAGGAGGGUUGGAGCGAUGUCGUCCAAGAGAACGCUAUACUGAAUGGAGAAGUAGAAGCCUUGAGACGUCGCGUCAAAGCCAUGCAGGGCACCAUAGAUCAGCUGUCGGCCAGGAACAGCGAGCUGAUGGCUGAGAAGACGCUGAGUAACUGGAUUCCGAAGGAUGGCAGCCCUGACGCCAACGAUUGCUCCCUCACCACUCUCGUCCAGGGCUACGUGAGCGAGAUAGAGAGUCUACGAGCCCAGCUGAUGGAGACGACGGCGAUGUACGAGGCGAGCCGGCGCCGCGAGCAGAUGACGUCACGCACCCGCCACGAGUCCGCGCACGACCCCGCCGCCGUCAUCGACGAGGCCAAGCGGGAACUGUACAAGGAAAAAGAAAUUCUGGCGCGGAGCAUGGGCGAACUGGAGUUCCACCGCAAACUGAACAUGAGCGACAGUGUGAUGAGCAGCGUGGACGAUCGGCCCAUAGGAGAGAGGGAAAGGGCUGAGGGUGAGAGUGCCGAUGACUCCGAUCCUUCGGACGGGGAAGCCGAUGGAGAUGGCACCGAUUCCGACGAAGAUUCUGAGACUAAAGGACAACGUGUCCUAUCAGCGCAACUGGUAGCCCUCAGCGAGGACAUCGAUACGAAAGCUCGUCUUAUCGAGCAACUAGAGAUGUCCCAGCGGCGGCUCACCGCCCUACGGACCCACUACGAACAGAGGCUCGACACGCUGCAUCAUCAGAUCAAGGCCACCAACGAAGAGAAAGAUAAAGUCUUGGCUUCUUUAGCCGCGCAAGCGUCUCCGGCGAGCGAGAAGGUGAAGCGUGUCCGCGAGGAGUACGAACGGCGCGUGGCGGGCAUGGCGCGCGAGCUGCGGCGCCUGCACGCCGCGCACCGCGACCACGCGCGGCUGCAGCGGGCGCAGGCGCACACCGCCGCGCAGAUCUCCACGCUCAGGAGCGAACUGCAGAACAUGAAGAGGGACAAGGUAAAAUUAGUCCAACAAAUGCGUGCUGAGGCCAAACGACACGCUCAAGCCGAAGCCGUUAGGGCUAAAGAGGUCGCUCAACUGCGCAAGGAAUCACGUAAAAAUGCAAAUCUCAUCAGAUCUCUGGAGGCUGAAACGAAACUCAAAGAACAGGUAUUGAAACGGAAACAAGAGGAAGUGUCUCUAUUGAGACGGGGACAUCGCGAUAAGUUAAGCAAUCGAGCCGCCGGGCGACUGUACGGAGGGGUCCGCGGUCACAGCCGCAAGUCGGUCCGCGAGAGCUGGGCGCGGCUGGAGCGGUGGGUCGCCCGCACCAGCGCCGCGCGCCUCACGCUGUGGGAGCUGGAGGCUGCGCUGGACCGCCUGCUGCGGCAGCGCGCGGCGGCGCAGCGGGCGGCGCACGACGGCGACGCCGCCUCGCUGCACGCCUACCUGCGCGACGCCAUCGCCGACACGCAGGCGCAGAUCAUGCAGAUCGAGGAAGAAAACGACGAGAACGAACUGUCCCGGAUACUGGAGCAGGUGGACAGCGCGGAGGCGGGCCGGUACGCGCUGGAGCGGCUGGCGGCGUGCGCGCUGCAGCACGCGCAGGACGCCGCCAGGAACCUCAAGCUGCUCAACGACACGCGCGCGCACCUCAAAGAAGUUAGUAUCGAUACUGACUGGCGCCGACGGACCGGCCCCCGGAUCGGAUGCCGUAGCCAUCAGUUGGAAGAGAGCCAAGAGCGAGCCGCCAGCGCCCUCCGGGCGGCGGAGGAGCAGAACCUCACGAGCUGGAGCUGCGGCACCGCGCUGGCCCACCUGCUGGCGCACGUCUCCUCCGGUACAUCCACCAGAUCGGUCUCGCCGGUCGACAGUUCAAUAUUGGAAUCGAAGCCCAACACGAACGGCACCAGGGAGUCUGCGACGGCGCCCACCUCGCCGCCCGACGACAACGUCAAUUCGCCCUUCCAAAGAAAUACGGUACGUCGCGGCUCGGUGCGUCUCCGCGACCUGGGCGUCAUCGCCAGAGAGGACGGCGACGACCCCAUGACGCAGUCGCUGGUGGAGCCCACCUCGCCCCGCCCCGCGCCCCUCAGCCGCGUGCCCAGCGCCCCCGGCAGUCUGAGAGGUCUUCAGCCGGUGUCCUCUCCGCUAUCCCCCCGCCGACCUCCGCCCCCCGAAAGCCCCCGGCCCCCGCGACGCGUCACCACGUACACACUCGCCAAGCCAGCCUCAUUAGAGCCGGCAAGCACGCCGCCCGCGUCUCCGGGGGCCACGAGACGCGCGAGGGACGACGACGUGUUCUUGCGACUAGCGGGCGCCGGACACGAUAACUCGCCCCAAGGAAUCGUCAAAGAACUUGCAAUCAAACGCGUUAUCGGUGGAAACACGAGAGCGUGGCUGCAGUGCACACACGUGGCGGAAGGACACGCGGGCGCGGCUCUGGCACUGGCCGCCACAACACACGCUGUGUACAGCGGCGGCGUAGAUCGCACGGUCCGUGGCUGGGACCUGUCCGUGGGCAGCGAGGCGUGGCGCGGCUGGUGCGGCGGCGCGGUGUCGUCGCUGGCGGCCGGCACCGCCGCGGACGGGGGCAGGCUGCUCCUCGCCGCCGCCGGGCCCGCCGUCAGGCUCUUCGACACCCGGACUAGGACACCGCUCACUACGCUCUGGUCGUCGGGCGCGACCGGUCCGUGUCCGGCGGGGCGCGGCGCGGCGGGCGAGGUGCCGGUGACGGCGCUGCGGCUGUGCGCGCCUCACACGCUGUACACCGCCGCGGGGGACAAACUGCGUCUGUGGGACCUGCGCAUGUUGGAGUGCGUGUACAAGAUAUGGUCGGGCCACGCGGCCGCCGUCAUGUGUCUGGCGGCCGCCGAUAACUUGCUCGUCACCGGCUCGAAGGACCAUUAUGUCAGAGCCAUGGAGAUAAACGCACAAGACUCAGGCGGUUGGGAGACGAGCAACCGGCGCCUGCUGGAGCCCCCGCACUACGACGGCGUGCAGGCGCUCGCCCUGCGCGGCCACGUGCUGUACAGCGCCUCGCGGGACACCAGCCUCAAGCGCUGGAACCUGCACGACAACUCGCUCACCCAUAGCGUGAUGAACGCGCACAAGGGCUGGGUGACGGGCGUGUGCGUGCUGGGCGGCGCGGAGGAGGGCGCGGUGGCGAGCUGCGGGCGCGAGGGCGCCGUGCGCGUGUGGAGCGCCGACCUGCGCGCCGUGACGUCUCCCGCCGCGCUCUCCGACGCCGUGCACGCGCUCGACGCGCACCCCGACCCGCACCGCCGGACGCUCUACACCGCCUCCAACGGCGGCGAAGUGCGUGCGUGGCGGAUCGUCGUCGAGCCGUGAAACUCCUCAGUGACGGGCGUGUACGUUGUUGGCGCGUCCGCACCGCGAGGUGACCGCCGCCCCCGGGCGCCCCGCCCGCCCCUCCCGCCCCGCGCCACGCCCGCCGCGUCUGGCGGUGAUACACCGCAGACACUACAGACCCGACACAGAACACGGAAAUAUACACAGUGUAAGUUAACAAUAAUGAAUACACGUUCAUCUGUGUCGUCGGUGUGUAGUGCAAUGGCAUUUAUUCUCGAGAAAUGAAGACCUGAAUCGCAGUAGUAGUCUAGAAAUUUUGCACAAUGGUUACAGUAGAUGUUCUCGGCAAGAACGUUCGGAAUCAGUUAGCCGCGCGAUGACCGAACUUCUUAUAGGAAAAUAAAAACACCGAAAAGUUAAGGAUGAGUUGAGCAAAUAUAAAAUAAAGGAAAAAAUACUAUCAUGCACAAAUUUUAACGAAAAACAACUUUACAGCCUUAACCGUAGAAACUUUUUUAAAUUGUCACAAUCACUUUUAUAAAACGAAUAAACAGCUCUGUCACAAACAAAGAAUAAAUGUAAUUAAUUUGAAAGAUACAGUAGUGGUCUCUCCAAUUUACGCGAUUCUUGAACUUUGUCACAGACUCAAUAGAAUGAAACAAAUGAAAGAAAAAAAAAUGUAUGCAAAUUCUUAGUAUUGUUGUAUCUAGAUUGUGUAAGGCGCCAAUGCCUACUUUAGUGCUUUAGUAAUAUCCAUGACGUUACAAGUUUUACAUUGAAUAACAUUUAAAUUCGCCAAGUGUUUACGUCAUAAUGCUUAUCUAAGCGCAUAGAUUUAUGUAGUUAAAUGAAUAAAUGCAACUUUAGCUGGAAUAUAACAACAAAUCGAUAAAUUAUCCUGAUCCAGUAUUGAAGAAGAAUUUGGAUCGGUUAUAAUCAAACAAACGAUUGAUUAAUGCACAGUUUUUAGGUACAAAGACCAUUCAAAGACAAUAAUCUUAAUUUUAAAUUACUAAACAAAAUACUAAUAAUGAUAUAUCCCAAUUUCCAAAUAAUAAUAUGUAGUUGUAAUAAUAAAAUGCAAACAAAU